AAUACAUGUACAUGUAUAGUGUUCUUUACUUAUACUUUUAUAUAGAAAUAGAGAAGAUUUAAUCAGUGAAGGAGAAGGAAGAGAAACCACUGAAGCAUUAGAUCCAGAAUUAAUAAUGUUAAUAUCCAUCAAUGAAUUGAAGUCAUUACUAAGAACACACAAAGCACCACCUACUGUAUAUGUGAAGGCAACUAUAUUGAGGUUGAAUGGAUCCCUAUCUCCUGAUAGAGGAGUGUGGUACCUACAAGUGACAAUAGCUGAUGGUACAGGAGAGAUGCCUGCUGUACUGGGGAAUGCACCACUAGAAAUAUUAAUAGGAAUCAAUGCUAGAGGCUUUUACAGUGUACCACGAACACAAGGGGAAGAAGGAUUGAGGAAAUGUAAAGAAAUAUUGUCAAGGUUACACUGUGUGAUGGAGCUAACAAUAACUAAUGAACCAACUAUAACUAGAUUAUUAGAUGUAUAGAAGACGUUAUAUAAUUUAAAACAUGUGUAUAAUUGUGCUUUUGUUUAUUAUA